AAGUUCGAGUCAUCAUUCGAUUUGCGCUGCGCACAGCACACCCUGCCGCCGCGAUGAUGCUCACUCGCCUUACGUCCGUCCGCUCCAUUAGCCGCACCGCUUGUGCGAACGCCAAGAUUGCCAACAACAUCACGGAGCUUAUUGGGAAAACCCCGUUGUUGUACCUGAACAACGUCGCAAAGGGGGCGCAUGCGAAAAUCGCGGUCAAGUGCGAAUUCAUGGAACCGUGCGGGAGUGUGAAGGAUCGCAUUGGUAUCAGCAUGAUCGAAGAUGCUGAAAAAGCCGGCAUCCUCACCAAGGACUCGCUUAUCGUGGAACCCACGAGCGGCAACACGGGCAUCGGCCUUGCCUUUGCUGCGGCCGCCAAGGGAUACAAAUUGCAAAUUGUCAUGCCCGACUCCAUGUCAAUGGAGCGCCGCAUCAUUCUCAAGGCGUUUGGGUGCGACCUGGUAUUGACCCCAGGUUCGCGAGGCAUGACUGGCGCCUGCCUGAAAGCAGACGAAAUUGUUGCCAAUACGCCCAACGCCAUCUUGUUGCAGCAGUUCAAGAACGCUGCAAACCCGCGUAUUCAUUUUGAAACGACAGGGCCUGAGAUUUGGAAAGACACCGAUGGGAACGUCGACAUUUUCGUCGCUGGCGUCGGCACCGGCGGCACCAUCACUGGCACGGCGCGGUACUUGAAGCCCAAGAAGCCGGACGUCCGCAUCGUAGCUGUCGAGCCGGAAGAAAGCCCCGUCUUGAGCGGCGGCAACCCUGCGCCACACAAGAUCCAGGGCAUUGGCGCCGGCUUCGUCCCGGAGAUUCUUGACCGCAGUUUGAUCGACGAAAUUGUGACAGUGAACGGCCCCGAAUCCAUGCGCAUGGCCAAACGAUUGGCUCGCGAAGAAGGUGUUUUGUGCGGUCCGUCUUCGGGCGCUGCAGUCGUGGCUGCGCUGCGACUGGCGAAGAAGCCCGAAAACGCCGGCAAGCUGAUUGUGGCCGUCUUGCCGAGCUUUGGCGAGCGAUACUUGAGUUCUGCGUUGUUCGACGAAGAGCGAGAGAGUGCCACGCACAUGCCAACGACGUCCAUUGAAUAAUCGAUCGACUUCGUGAUAAUGUGAGAGAGCGCAGGCGUGUAGGGGUGGCAUCGAGGGGUUUCGAGGUUGCCAUGCACCAAACCGUCUGAAUGAAUGCGAAAUUUGGACCAAUCGAAUGCUCGGGUUACGAAUGGCAUGUCCUGU